UUUGUUUGUAAUGCAAAGUGGUCAUUUGUGAUUUGUUUACCGCCUAUCAUAGUUGCAAUGUACUUACUGUAGUAUAAAGUUCAGUGUUCAAAGGAACAUUUAUUUGCUUAGGAAAAAAGGAAAAAAAAUUAGCGUUCAAAAGAAUAGGAACACGCUCAUCUCUCCCAACAUUUUCUUCUCUAUUCUGUAUCUCUCUCAAAAGAAUAGAAACGUUCAACACAGAGAGAUUUAAUUAACCAAAAACGCUCAUCUCUCUCAACAGUUUCUUCUCUAUUCUCUAUCUCUCUCUAACUGCAUUCAUGGCGGCAACUGGAAGAUCAAGAACUUCAUCAGUCCUAUGUCCUCUCUCUUCUCCUGAGACGUUACUCAAUCAUCAUCAAAGAUCAUCCGCGUCUCUUUGCUACAUCAAACUCUGUUUGAAGAGGUUUUUUCCCGGAAACAGCCCUAAACCCUCCACAGCAUCCAAGUGUUUGUGCUCUCCCACGACGCACCCUGGGUCAUUCCGGUGCGCUUUUCACCGCCGUUUAGAAAACGAGAAGAACAGAACCCUAAAUUCACAGGCGAAGCCAAACAAGUGUGGUAACACGACAAAGAACUCGGGAUUGAGUAUGAGAAAAACGGAGUUGCUGAAUUCGCUCGCGAGGAUCGCGAGUGUGGAGGCAGACCGGUUUAGGAAAUCUUUAGCGGCUAGUAUGGUUAAACCGUCGCCUCUCCAUAUCAGUCGCCGGUUUGAUUUCCGGCCACGACCUAGCCGCUUCUACGCAUUGCGUAAAGAUCAAGAUCUAAUAUCUAGUCGACUUUGAACUAUUUUGGCGUACGAAGGAACUAUGUUUUGGUCAAUAAAAAUUUCUGACUAGACUACACAUCACUGCUUAAGUGUUUUUAAUUUUUUUUUUUUAUAUUCUUCUUUUUUUUACUCUUGGUGUAAUGUAAUCAGGGGAGUCACAAAUUCUGAUGACUUAUAAACUUAAAGCCUUAAACUAAACAAGUUUCCAGCUCAUGUCUGACUUGACUUUCCACUUUUGGUAUGUUUGACUACUAUGAAGUUUCUGGUUUUUGCUUAUAAAAUGGGAGAUAUAAAUAGGGAGAAUUCGGUAAAUAUCUUUGGAACGGAUCCAAAUUGGAGGUUUGCCAUUUGAUUGACAUAUAAGACACAUCUGAUACAUUUCAGUUCUUUCUUGGAUUAAAAUGCCUUUACGUUUGAUGUUCUUUUCUGCAAUGGACAAAAGAGUCAGAGAGGUAAAGAUCCUCUGACACACAUCUGUUAGGAGACUGUUGCUGGAUAUAGGUAUGUUGUUUGAACUAUUGUAUAACAUCUAUUAUAUAGUUAUCGGAUAAUAGUUAUGCUAUGAAGUUGAAAUCACUCAUGAUUUUAUACAAAAGAUUAUCAUUUAUGUAAAUCAGAGAUAACAAUUGAUUGCAAGAUCUCAACAUCUUUAAAAUAUAAAAUUCGUUCUAAAUUUUAAUAUUAGUGUUAAAUUAAUUGUUAGUGGUUAACUUAUUUGUUAGAAACUAAACUUAUGAAAUAACCUUGUUUGUUGUAGAUACAUAAUUUGUUAGUUGAUACAUAUUUUUAUAACUGAUACAUUGUUUGAUAGAUGAUUUGUUAAUUGAUAUACUUUUUGGUAUAUGCUCUCUUAGAUGAUACUUGAUACAACAAUAUAUCAAAACAUGUUGUAUGUUAAAAUAAUAAUACACAUUGAUACACUAUUUUUUCACUCUUACACUUUUUCAUUUUCUUUCCUCUUUUCUUUCCUACUUCUCUAUUCUCUUUCCUCCUAUUUUCUAUCUCUAUCAUUGCCACCAUUUUCAAAUUUUUGAAUCUUUUUCUUUACUCAUUCAUCGAUAUCAAACUUCUUGUCACCUAACAAAACAUAUACCCAGUGGCGGAGUUAGAGUCUAACUAGGGUGGUCACAUGACCCAUGUGAAAAAAAAAAUUACUUGUUUUUUCCUUAUAAAAUUUGAUGAAAUAUGGUAAAGUUAAAUAAUUAACCCAUGAAAAUCAUAGUUGUUAUAUAAUUGACCCUGGUGAAAAAAUGCCCUGCCUCCGCCACUGCAUAUACCGCAUAUCAAAACAUGUAUAAGAUAACAAAUCAUUUAACAAACAACAUAUUUACUCACAUCAAGUAUAAAUCCAUUUGUCAGCAAAAUAAACCAAGAAAAAAAAAGUAUAAGCUAGUAAGCCAUCUACCAAAACAGUUAUCAGCUACACCAAUCAUGUAUCAAUUAACGACAAGUCUUUUGUAUCUGCUAACAAAAUAUGUAGCAUUGUAUCAAAUAUCAAAUCAUUUGUCAGAUAAAAAAUGAUUUAUAAAACAAUAUACCAUAUAACAAAUCUUAGACCAAUUUCAAUUUUAGCACAAUCAAAGUGAAAAUAGCAUCAAACUUAUAAUAGAAAAUAUUACGUAUAGAAAAUAAUAAUUUUAAGAGAGAAAUUCAAAGUUAAAAAAAUUACUUGUGGAUUGAUAGGAAACAUAAAUGAGAUUGAUUUUGAUUCAGUGACAGUAGCGUCGAAGAUGGCAGAGGUUGCUGUUCUUCAAGCACUUGCGCACCGGCGUCGGUGACAGAACCCAGGAGGAAAAUCGGAUUGGAAUAUUGGAAGUGAUGUAACAAAUUUUUAGUUAUCAUCAUUGCUAACAAUAACCCGAAGAUAGUGUUGAAAAUAAUAUUUUGAAACUCAACAAAAUUAUGUUCUGAUUGUGUUCAUCUUUGUUGAUUCUUCUUCAUAUUUAGGUUUUUCAAAUGUUUUUUGUUAUGAGAAAUUAAGGAGAGAGAAAGUUAUAGCGUAAAGUAAGAAGGAGGAGAGUUAAAAUCAGGAUACGAAGAGGAAGGGAGAAAGGUAGUAGGCUGACAAACAUACUAACAUAACUAGUAGGUUGACACGACUAGGAAGCUAUCAGUAAGGUUAAAAACGGAAUAAAAAUAUUUCUUUUAUUUCAUGGAUACUUAGCUAAUUAAAGAUGCUUUUAUAGGCAUAGAACCCAAUUUUCUCAUAUAAAUAUGGGAAGAAUGUUAUCUUUCCAAUAUUGACCAUGUUGUCAUUUUCGUUGCACACAAAAGAGGGAAAUAAUAGAUAUUGAGAACCGAGGAUGGUUCAGAGUUUUUUCUAUAUCCCCUAUAUAUUAAUUGAAGAUCAUUUAAAAAGUUGUAACCUUAAGUUUGUAUUAAUUAAAAGAGACCCUGCUUAGGUGUCACUUAAAUAUGAUGACAAUUUAGCUUACGUGACAGCUUAAGAAUCAACUGAAAAAAUGUUGGCCCAAAUCCA